AGCAAUGACAACGAGGAACGCCUGCAGGUAGUAAAACUUCUAGCAAAAAUGUUUGGGGCAAAGGACUCGGAGUUGGCAUCUCAAAACAAACCACUUUGGCAGUGCUACCUGGGGAGGUUUAAUGAUAUCCAUGUACCUAUUCGUCUUGAAUGUGUGAAAUUUGCAAGUCACUGCCUUAUGAACCAUCCUGACCUAGCAAAAGACUUAACAGAAUAUCUAAAAGUAAGGUCACAUGAUCCUGAAGAGGCCAUAAGGCACGAUGUUAUAGUAUCCAUAGUUACUGCUGCUAAAAAAGAUCUUUUGCUUGUCAAUGAUCACCUGCUUAAUUUUGUCAGAGAACGAACACUGGACAAGCGGUGGAGAGUGAGGAAGGAAGCUAUGAUGGGACUUGCACAGAUAUACAAGAAAUACUCAUUACAGUCGGAAGCAGGAAAAGAAGCUGCAAAACAGAUAUCAUGGAUCAAAGAUAAACUUUUGCAUAUAUAUUAUCAGAACAGUAUUGAUGACCGAUUACUUGUCGAGCGCAUCUUUGCUCAGUACAUGGUCCCUCACAACUUGGAAACCAACGAACGCAUGAAAUGUCUAUAUUACCUUUAUGCAACAUUGGAUUCAAAUGCUGUGAAGUAUGCUUUGAAUGAAAUGUGGAAAUGUCAAAAUUUGCUACGACAUCAAGUAAAGGAUUUAGUCGACCUAAUAAAACAGCCUAAAACAGAUGCCAGCAGUAAAGCUAUAUUCUCAAAAGUGAUGGUCAUAACAAGAAACCUGCCUGAUCCAGGGAAAGCUCAAGAUUUCAUGAAAAAGUUUACACAGGUUCUAGAAGAUGAUGAAAAAAUAAGAAGUCAGUUAGAAAUGCUUGUUAGCCCCACAUGUUCUUGCAAACAGGCUGAAGGAUGUGUGAGGGAAAUAACAAAGAAGUUAGGCAAUCCAAAACAACCAACAAAUCCUUUCCUGGAAAUGAUAAAGUUUCUUCUUGAGAGAAUUGCUCCUGUGCACAUUGAUACUGAAUCCAUCAGUGCCCUUAUCAAGCAAGUAAACAAGUCUAUAGAUGGAACAGCUGAUGAUGAAGAUGAGGGUGUACCUACUGACCAGGCAAUCAGAGCAGGUCUUGAAUUGCUUAAGGUACUUUCAUUUACGCACCCUAUCUCAUUUCAUUCAGCUGAAACGUUUGAAUCUCUCCUGGCAUGCUUGAAGAUGGAUGAUGAAAAAGUGGCAGAAGCUGCAUUACAAAUUUUCAAAAACACAGGAAGUAAAAUUGAAGAAGACUUUCCUCAUAUACGAUCUGCUUUGCUUCCAGUGUUGCAUCAUAAAGCUAAAAAGGGACCCCCUCGUCAAGCCAAGUAUGCUAUUCACUGCAUCCAUGCAAUAUUUUCCAGCAAAGAAACUCAAUUUGCACAGAUAUUUGAGCCACUGCAUAAAAGCCUGGAUCCAAGCAAUUUUGAGCACCUCAUUACGCCGUUGGUUACUAUUGGCCAUAUAGCCAUGCUAGCACCUGAUCAGUUUGCUGCUCCUUUGAAAUCUUUGGUUGCCACUUUCAUCGUUAAAGAUUUGCUAAUGAAUGAUAGGCUUCCAGGAAAAAAGACAACAAAGCUUUGGGUCCCGGAUGAAGAAGUGUCUCCUGAAACACUUGUUAAAAUUCAGGCCAUCAAGAUGAUGGUUCGAUGGCUGCUAGGAAUGAAGAACAACCACAGCAAGUCAGGAACUUCUACUCUGAGAUUGCUAACAACAAUAUUACACAGUGAUGGAGAUUUAACAGAGCAGGGGAAAAUUAGUAAACCUGAUAUGUCUCGGUUGAGGCUGGCUGCAGGGAAUGCUAUUGUGAAGUUGGCACAAGAACCUUGUUACCAUGAAAUCAUCACCUUAGAACAGUACCAGCUGUGUGCACUAGCCAUAAAU